GCUUUAAAUUAUAUAGAUUUGUGAGCAUCGGCACAAAUGCAAGUGUUUGAAAAAUGUUAAAAUUUAAAGCGGAGCAAUGUGUCUUCGCGUUAUUGUGUUGUACAGCACAUGUUUUGUGCGAAGAAUGUGUUACAUACUCUUUCGACAAAGAUUUCGAUUCGAUGUUUAACAAUGAUGUGGGGGUGUGUGGGAACAUCAAUAAUGUUUGGGUGCAAAGGAACUACUCUACAAUCGGCCUACAAAGCCCUCAUAGAAAUAGCGUGAAACAUAUAACGCCAGAGCCCGCGUUGAGCUGCGUGUCAUCGUUCUUCUUUACUAUGACAGGACGAGGAAUUGUUGAAGCCAAAAUAUUUAUGGAUGGAGCGGCGAAUUCGGACCAAAUCACAUUAUUCGCAAACCAAUACGUGCCAGGUGGAAAUCAUGGCGUAAUGGGAAACAUUAACAACACACCUCUGCAAGCAGGCUUUGUAAAAGGGUGGCACACUCUUCGCGUCCAAGUAAUUGGCACAAACGCUUAUACUGGAUAUAUAACAUUGAUGGGAACAGCAUCACCAAAUUCCAUCGUCUUGGUCGACUCAUUCAGAUACAUACCACCAGGCUACGAUGAAGAACGUUGUAUCAUCUAUGAAGAAGAUAAAGACCCAGCUACUACAGAAAUAGAAAUCGAUUCAACAACAGGAGCCAAUGUAGAUGAAACGACUGAGCCAGGAGGUGAUCCAACGACACAAGCCGAACCAGUCCUGACUACAGAAACUCAGGCCAAUGUAACUGAAAUCACGACAGAGGUUGAACCAUCGACACCUGAUGUAAAACCAAUAGAACCAGAAACUACUUCGCGAGAUGGAGGCGAUUCAGAUACAACAACACAGCCAAGUGUUGAAGAGAUAACAACACCAUCAUCAGACAUACCUACUAUACCUGAACCUGAACCCGAUAUUCCUACGACACCAGAGCCGGAUACUCCAGCACCUGAGCCCGAUAUACCUACAACACCGGAGACAGAUACACCUGCACCUGAACCAGACAUACCAACGACACCAGAGCCAGAUACACCAGCACCUGAACCAGACAUACCUACGACACCAGAGCCAGAUACUCCAGCACCUGAACCCAAUAUACCUACAACACCGGAGCCAGAUACACCUGCACCUGAACCCGACAUACCUACGACACCAGAGCCGGAUACUCCAGCACCUGAACCCAAUAUACCUACAACACCGGAGCCAGAUACACCUGCACCUGAACCCGACAUACCUACGACACCAGAGCCGGAUACUCCAGCACCUGAGCCCGAUAUACCUACAACACCGGAGCCAGAUACACCUGCACCGGAACCCGACAUACCUACGACACCAGAGCCAGAUACACCGGCACCAGAACCCGACAUACCUACGACACCAAAGCCAGAUACUCUACCACCUGAACCCAAUAUACCUACGACACCAGAGCCAGAUACACCGGCACCUGAACCAGACAUACCUACGACACCAGAGCCAGAUACUUCACCACCUGAACCCAAUAUACCUACGACACCAGAGCCAGAUACUCCAGCACCUGAACCCAAUAUACCUACAACACCAGAGCCAGAUACACCGGCACCUGAACCCGACAUACCUACGACACCAGAGCCGGAUACUCCAGCACCUGAGCCCGGUAUACCUACUACACCAGAGCCAGAUACUCCAGCACCUGAACCCAAUAUACCUACGACACCUGAGCCAGAUACACCGGCACCUGAACCAGACAUACCUACAACACCAGAGCCAGAUACUCCAGCACCUGAACCCAAUAUACCUACGACACCAGAGCCAGAUACUCCAGCACCUGAGCCCGGUAUACCUACUACACCAGAGCCAGAUACUCCAGCACCUGAACCCGACAUACCUACGACACCAGAGCCGGAUACUCCAGCACCUGAGCCUGGUAUACCUACUACACCAGAGCCAGACACUCCAGCACCUGAGCCCGGUAUACCUACGACACCAGAACCAGAUACACCGGCACCUGAACCCAGUAUACCUACAACACCGGAGCCAGAUACACCGGCACCUGAACCCGACAUACCUACGACACCAGAGCCGGAUACACCGGCACCAGAGCCCGGUAUACCUACGACACCAGAGCCAGAUACGCCCGCACCUGAGCCCGGUAUACCUACGACACCAGAGCCAGAUACACCGGCACCUGAACCCAGUAACCCUACCACAUCGGAGCCAGAUACACCGGCACCUGAACCCGGUAUACCUACUACACCGGAGCCAGAUACGCCCGCACCUGAGCCCGGUAUACCUACGACGCCAGAGCCAAAUACACCGGCACCUGAACCCGGUAUACCUACUACACCGGAGCCAGAUACGCCCGCACCUGAGCCCGGUCUACCUACGACGCCAGAGCCAGACACACCCGCACCUGAGCCGGGUAUACCUACUACACCGGAGCCAGAUACGCCCGCACCUGAGCCCGGUAUACCUACGACGCCAGAGCCAGAUACACCGGCACCUGAGCCCGGUAUACCUACUACACCGGAGCCAGAUACGCCCGCACCUGAGCCCGGUAUACCUACUACACCGGAGCCAGAUACGCCCGCACCUGAGCCCGGUAUACCUACGACGCCAGAGCCAGAUACACCGGCACCUGAGCCCGGUAUACCUACUACACCGGAGCCAGAUACGCCCGCACCUGAGCCCGGUAUACCUACUACACCGGAGCCAGAUACGCCCGCACCUGAGCCCGGUAUACCUACUACACCAGAGCCAGAUACACCGGCACCUGAACCCGGUAUACCUACUACACCCGAGCCAGAUACGCCCGCACCUGAGCCCGGUAUACCUACGACGCCAGAGCCAGAUACACCCGCACCAGAGCCCGGUAUACCUACUACACCAGAGCCAAAUAUACCCGCACCUGAGCCGGGUAUACCUACUACACCGGAGCCAGAUACGCCCGCACCUGAGCCCGGUAUACCUACGACGCCAGAGCCAGACACACCCGCACCUGAGCCGGGUAUACCUACUACACCGGAGCCAGAUACGCCCGAACCUGAGCCCGGUAUACCUACUACACCGGAGCCAGAUACGCCCGCACCUGAGCCCGGUAUACCUACGACGCCAGAGCCAGAUACACCGGCACCUGAGCCCGGUAUACCUACUACACCGGAGCCAGAUACGCCCGCACCUGAGCCCGGUAUACCUACUACAUCGGAGCCAGAUACGCCCGCACCUGAGCCCGGUAUACCUACUACACCGGAGCCAGAUACGCCCGCACCUGAGCCCGGUAUACCUACUACACCGGAGCCAGAUACGCCCGCACCUGAGCCCGGUAUACCUACUACACCAGAGCCAGAUACACCGGCACCUGAACCCGGUAUACCUACUACACCCGAGCCAGAUACACCCGCCCCUGAGCCCGGUAUACCUACUACACCAGAGCCAGAUACACCGGCACCUGAACCCGGUAUACCUACUACACCGGAGCCAGAUACGCCCGCACCUGAGCCCGGUAUACCUACGACGCCAGAGCCAGAUACACCUGCACCAGAGCCCGGUAUACCUACUACACCAGAGCCAAAUACACCCGCACCUGAGCCGGGUAUACCUACUACACCGGAGCCAGAUACGCCCGCACCUGAGCCCGGUAUACCUACAACGCCAGAGCCAGAUACACCCGCACCUGAGCCGGGUAUACCUACUACACCGGAGCCAGAUACGCCCCCACCUGAGCCCGGUAUACCUACUACACCAGAGCCAGAUACUCCAGCACCUGAGCCCGGUAUACCUACUACGCCAGAGCCAGAUACACCGGCACCUGAACCAGACAUACUUACGACACCAGAGCCAGAUACACCUAUGACACCUCCACCUAAUGUAUUCACAACGCAACCGGAUAUGAAUUUUGAGACAACAGAAUCCUACACCACUACGACAGAAGAAAAUUAUACUGAUAGUCCAGAGAUAGGUCAAUCAAGUUUUUGGACUCCAUUGACUAUUACAAUGGUUGUUUUACUUUGUUUUAUAAUUUUGGUCAUAGUUGCAGUAACAUUUUACGAGAUAGGAAAAAGACGAUCUGUCAGAAACGAAAUUAUGGAUAUAGAUAUCGAUAUUGAUAAUCUCCCUAAGACGAUUACAGUGCCCAGAGUGAAACAAGUGUACACUGAUCCGCCUUAUUCUAGGAGUAAUGCGUAUUUAGUGUGAUAAUUGUCCAAUGAAUACUCCUGAAUACGCCUAGUCUUACCUGAAACAAUAGAAAAUAUGCAUUAAUUUAAAUUUACUUGAAUUUUUAUCCCGGACACUUUAUGAUGCUGACAUUACACCUUAUUUAGUUUCUAUUUAACUGCAUAAAACUUUAUUCAAUUAGUGUAAAUUUUGCGAACGAAAUUCAAAUUAUUAUUAUCAUUCACUUUUUAGUGAGACACAUCACCAUUUGUCGAAAUUAAACGUGACGUCACAGGGCGCCUUAUGGGAUUUAUAUUAUUCAUACUUUGCUAGUCUUGUUUGAGAGAAAAAAUAUGUUUAUGUAUAUUCUUGUAAUAUUUUCCAUUACCUAGUGCGAUUUUAAUACAUAGUGAUAUUAGGAAUUAUUAAUAACAAUGGUGGAAACGGGUUGUGUCAAAGCACAAUGGUAAAACCUACCAAAAUAGAUGCUUUAUGAUAGCAUAUUUUGCAUCAAAUUUAGAUUUUACGUCCUCUGACGUCAAAGGAAUAAAUGCUGCAAGGUAAUUAUUCUGACAUAUAUUUUUUAAUCUAUUAAAUCGUUUCUAAACAUAACCUCAAAUGUUGUUAAAAGUCGCGUAACUUUAUUAUUAUUUAAUAGAUUUUAAUGAAUAGUGUAUGUCUGUACCAAUUGAUUUUUUUUACUUUUGUAUAUUUGGUUAGGGAAAUAUAAAUAGACCUAGGGAUAUACUUCUGACCAAAUCGCACCAUGCUGUCAAAAUAUAAUAUAUGUACUUACAUUAAACAAUUAUAUAUAACAAUUUAAUCGUAAUAUUGAAGAUGUUUUAUCCCUUCUCAUACCCUUUCACUAUUGUUUAAAUAUUUUUGCAUCUCUUGGAACAGAAAACAAUACUUUAUCUAGUGUACAAUUUAAUAGAAUUUUCGCACAUUGGUACUAGGCAAUAUAUGUAAAAUGUUUUUUAGGUUUAUCCAUUGAUUUAACAGAGAUUUAAACAGAAAAGCCUUAAUUGAUAACUCUAAAUGCACACAGUAAACAACAUACACCAUGCUCUGUGACGUCAUCCCAAUGCCGCGAUAAAUGGCGGCGUUCGUACAUGUCAAAUUUAGUAGAUGUCCAAUAAUGUUUACUUUAAAACGUAGUAGAAACUAAAUUAAACAAAUAAAAAGAAAUGCAUAAUUCCUAUUGUUAUUAAUCUUUAAUCAGUUUGUCUCUUUAUUCAGUCAGUCUCUCUAUAGCACAAAGAUAUUAUUAUCCUGCAUUAAAAUUUUUAUAAGUAAGAGGAUUAUUCUAUAGGAAAGAACAUUUUUAAGAGAUCUUACGAGUACGUGGGUGGUUCUAUUUAACCAAUAAGUUAAGUAACUUUAAACAUGUUUUAGGGUUAAGUAUUUUUUUUUAUUUAUUUUAUUAAUCACCUGAUAUUAUUAAUAUGUGUAAAUAAAUAUUUUAAGAGGCUA